AUGAGUUCUACACUCAAGAAUAUUGUUAUUGUUGGUGCAUCUGGUGUUUUAGGCAACGCCGUACUCUCUACCCUGCUUAGUAAUCCUUUCUUCGUCGUCACCGUCCUCUCUCGGCCAGAUUCGAAAGCAACAUUCCCUUCAGCCGCAAAAGUCAUCAAACUCGAUUACCACAGUAAAGAUGCCCUCGUAUUCGCUCUGCGAGGCCAAGACGCAGUGAUUUCCUGCCUGGGAUUUGAUGGACUUAAUGAAAACUUGGACCAAACGUUAAUCGAAGCCUCAAUUGCCGCCGGAGUUAAGCGUUUCCUCCCUUCCGAAUUUUCAGCAAAUACAUUCCAUGACACUGUUGUCAAUCUUCCAGUGUACACCAGCAAAGUCGCCAUUCACAAAGUCCUCGAAGAUCAUAAAGAUCAGAUCUCAUAUACGUAUGUCUUCACCGGUGGGUUCCUUGACUGGGGUUUCCGCAACGGUUUUCUUGGCUUUGAUAUCAAAAACAGAUCGGUGAUCUUGUACGACGAUGGAAAAUAUCGCGCUUCAGGAACAACUCUGCAGCAUAUUGGUGAAGCCAUUAAGGGGAUCCUUCUUCAUCCCGAAGAAACUCGUAACCGUCCUGUCUAUCUGGCGGAUGCAACAUUUUCGCAAAAAGAAGCGCUUGCUUUGUUCGAGAAGUACACGGGAACCAAAUGGACAAUCAUGAAUAAGACUACCGAAGAGGCGUUGAAGAGUGGAUUGGAUGCUCUGGCCAAAGGUGAUUACAUCAAUGGCUAUGGAAACAUCAUAAUGUCCUUUAACUGGGGAGGCAAGGGAGCAGUAAUAUUCGAUAACAACGAUAUGACUUUAUUAGAUGUAAAGCCACUUGGUUUGGAAAAAAUUAUCAAGGAUGCAGUUGAAGAAUUCACAAAAUAG